GGGAAGACGGGGGUAAGUGCGAGCGGCGUUGAGCAGAUAUCGGUAGUCGUGAGACGAGUCGGUCGGUUGACGGAUCGUGUCUCUUGUGUCGAUAGUGCGAACGGUUUGCUCGUCCCUUUUUCCUUCUGUGUUCAAAAAUGAGCUGGCAGGAUUACGUUGAUAAGCAGCUGCUCGCAUCGAGGUGCGUUACCAAAGCUGCUAUUGCUGGACAUGAUGGCAACCUGUGGGCAAAGUCCGAAGGCUUCGAAGUGAGCAAAGAGGAGCUUGCGAAGUUGGUACAGGGCUUCGCGGAACAAGAUAUUCUAACGUCGUCGGGGGUUACCUUAGCCGGCAACAGGUACAUAUACUUGUCGGGUACGGAUCGUGUGAUAAGGGCAAAACUCGGAAAAGUUGGCGUCCAUUGCAUGAAGACGACGCAAGCCGUAGUCGUUUCCCUUUACGAGGACCCAAUACAACCACAGCAAGCCGCGUCUGUCGUUGAAAAACUCGGCGACUACCUCGUGUCCUGCGGCUAUUAGGUAUGAGAUUAUAGUAAAGCGACGAGGAAAAAGGAAAAUUGUGAGUAACCUCUGGGACCCAACACAAAAUAUCUAAUAUUAAUAACAAACAAUACAAUUGAUUAUUUUAAAUGAACAGCGAAUGGAAUGCGCCAUGCCGCACGAGCCGUGCCGCAACUGCCGCAAGCCUGCCGCGCGAUGCACGACGAAGAAGUAACAGCAGCAACAACUACUACCAUACUGCAGUCAUCGUUCUCUCCACUUCGACUUAACUUGACACCGAGAAAGGAAGGCGCGCGCGCGUCCACAUAACCGAUCUACGCCUCUACUAUACGACUUACUUCCCCUCGAGACGCCUAUGUAUGCAUCAUUGAGAUUGCAUGCAUCAUUGAGAUACAGUUGCAUAUAAGACAGUCGCGGACCUGCGUACAGAUGGACGGACGAAUGGACAAACAAACGAACGAACGAACUGACGAACAGAUAGAUAGAUAGAUAGUUAGAUAGACACAGACUCGUAACGCGUACACACACGUAUGAUACUUCAUUGCAGAUGCUGCAUACAUAUAUGUACACAAAUUGGUCUACGAAUGCUCAUCGAAAAAUAGAAGAAAAAAAAAACACGUGCCAAUACUCGAUAGAGCGUGUUAUUUACGGAGAGUAAAAACAAUUUUGUAGAUACAUUGACAUGCACGUACGAUUAUAAUACGAUAGUCAUAUUUCACACACAUAUACAUUACAUUCGUACGAAAAAAGAUACACUUUGAAUGUACAGACAGACACGCGCAUAUAUACGUUAAGAAAAUAAAGAUUAUAUAAAAUGAUGAUAUAGAUUGACAUGUGUAUAAAUUGCGUAUGCGCGCGCGCUAUUUGAAAAUGAUUUACAGAUGCGGGCUUCGGGAAAAGUGCGUAUAACUUUCGUUUAUACGAAACAGGGACAUCGAUUAUAAUCGUGCUAUAGCCCUGUCUUCUGAAAUGUUGUUACAUAUCGUCAGGCUCGUGAUCAAAAAGAACGCUAUAAUGAUGAUGAUAAUGAUAAUGACAACGAUGGUGAUGGUGGUCGUGAUUGUGAUGGUGAUGGUGUGAUAAAUUAAAUUGUGUAUGUGCGUGCGUGUAUGCGUGUAUGCAUGUAAGGCACGAGACGCAUCUCGGUCACUUUCAAGAUUUCAUUCUUAUUUGUGUCUAAAGGAAUAAAAAAUUUUUUAGGAACAUUUUGGAGGCUUUUUAAUCUGUUGUUCGUAUGGAGAAUCUCGUGCUUUUUUGGAAUAGAAAAAGAACCGACACGUUUUUGUAAAACGAGGAGAAUUGAAUUUGCGUUCGUCACGAGCCACGUGCGUACUUGUUUUUAUUAUCUAUAUUAAAUAUGAUAGGUCAUUUACCACGAUCUUUUUUUCUUCCUCUGUCUAAUUUUCUCUCUAUAGCGUUCAAAGUUUCUCUUUUUUGUGUUAAUAAAUAGUAACGCAUUUUUGCAUUUUUACUCGCUUUCUUCGAUACAAUUUUCUAAUUAAUAAACAACAAAUUCAAAGAAAUAAUGUUAACUUAUCGUUCCUGAUCGAAGAAAUCGAGCGAGGAUGUUUUUAUGAUUAGCGUGAAAAUGAAAAACUCGGAGUACUUAGAUCGAGAAAUGGCAGCAGUAGAGAGAAAAAGAUGGCAAAAAAGAGGAUGGCGAUUAGUUGGAGAUUCUAAAUUGGGUUUCGAUACGGUAUAAGUUCUUUUGUAUACGCUCGGAAGACGAAACGAUCGAGUGGACUAACCAACUUAUCGACGAACAGACAAUAGACAAACAGACAUACGGUAAACUGAGACGAAUGAUGGCAAACAUAAACAAGAAUGGAAGGAAAACAAAUCUUAUCCUUUCUAAUCACUUUUGUGCGCGCCGCUUCGCUGAUAGAGGGACGAACACGCGCAUGAAUUUAAAUAUAAGAAAUAAUGAUAAUAAAUAAUAAUAAACUAUUGUGUUAGGUUUACAGUCCUUUUCUUUCGUAGGAUCCGAAAGGUUGGGAGAAUGAGAAAGAAAGAUGUGCGAGUGUGUGAACGAAUGAGAGAGAGGAGGGGAGAACGAAUAUAGUACAACGGGAAAAUUUUGAGAAUAAAGUUAGAGAGAGAGGGCGGGAAGGAGAAAGGGGAGAGAAAAAGGGAGAGUGUAAGAGCGACUGAAUCAGAAUGAAAUGAAAAAUUUGAGAAGCGAAAUGAAUAAAUAUGUGUGUAUUUUUUGUGGGGAAGGAAAUUGUAAAGAAGACCUAAUGAAUGACAAUGAUGACGAUAUAUAAAAACCGAGGAUCGAGAGCGUAUGGUAGUUCGAGGUGGACGAUGAUAUUUGUUUUUUUUUUGCUGGUCAUAAUGAUUGUGAUAAUGAGAAUAAUGAUGGUGAUAAUAACACGAUGAUAAUGCGGGCGAGCAUGCAUGCGGCAGCGAGUGAAACGGCACGAAUUGAUUGCAAUCUUGGUCGCGUCCCCCAAGAAUCGAUAUGAUCCUUUUAGCUAUUUACUGUCUUUAUUAUUGCUACGUGUAAAAGAAAUAAAACGACGAAGGAUGUGUCAUAAUAUAAAGGGGAUUUUUAACAAUGUUCGUGUGAAAAAAGAAAAAUACAAAGAGAAAGAAGGUGAUAUUAUAUACGGGGUGAGAGUCGUAAGCUGAUAUAGGCACUGACACACAUCAACACUGACACAACCGACACACAUAUACAUACACAAUGCGUGACGCACGUAUUGACUACGGGCGUAUAAACAUCACGCGUGUAUUGAUAAAUGCAAAAGAAGGGGGUAAACGGUUGGAAAAAGUAUUUACGUUUGUGAUAGAAGUCUCAUUUUCAUUCCCUUUUCAACAUGGCAGAAGAUGCUAUGUUCUCCAUAAAAAUUUAUUUUAGGAGUGAGAAGUAAUACGAUUUAUGAAAAAAAUGAUGAAGAUGGAAGAAAGAAUGAUCAAACGUUGUAAUAUAAACAAAAAACAUAUUUGCGUAGAUACUAAUUGAAAUUUUUGCAUUGUUCGUUUUACGGGAAGUUUCAUACUCUCUUAAUGACGAAGAAUUUAUUCUUGGCGAUCCAUUUUAUCAAACCAGGAUAAGUAUAUUAUUGAACUUUUGAAGGCAAUCGAGACGUUCUAUUGAGCACGACAAUGUUGUUCCAUUCGUUUCUCGUUUUCUUCGUCUGUAAGGAAGAUCCGGUGAUAGAGGUAUUCGAGGCCAACGCAUUACGAAUGUAAGAGAGAUGUAAAGAGAGAUGGAGACGAAAAGAGACGUUGAUACAUUCCCGACGUUUACCUUUUUUCUUCAUCCAAAACUUUUGAUAUGUGUUCUCGAAGUGCAAACACGCGAAUGAAGAUGGGAUACGUACACGUAGAUAUUCGUAUACGCACAUUCACGCAAACAAACGCAUCCGUACACGAGAUACUGCUACUGAAUUAUUA